UAACUAGUGUUAUUCUGUUAUCAGUCAUAACAAGAGAUUCAAGAAUUGGUUAGGUUUUCAACAAUAUAUGUGUUGAAAAAGACAGAAAAAGCAUGUAAUACGUGAUAACAGUAAUGUACUGUUUAAAGAAUUAUUUUACUGUUUAAUUAAAUUCUACUUGUCAUGAAUAUAAAAUGUAAUACAGUUUAUAGUCGAUAAUCAUGGCCUGAUGCUAUUUACUUUUUGAAAAAUAAAGAGGCAAAAAUGGAAACAAUAACAACAACUGCAGAACCUAUGGAGGAGAGUCCUGAAAAAGUUCAAAUAAGUCCUCCAAUACAAGUAGUAAGAGUACCAGUAAAACAUGCUAAUCUUGGAAUAAGGAGCCAUGCCAUGGAUAUGAGUACAAUGGUAGAGCUUACUUCUUUUAGCACAUUGGGCAAAAUACAACCCUUUUUAGUUACUAUAACAACUACUGCAGCUUUAUUGGUAGAUUUGCACUGUCAUUUAACAGAUAAAGAAGUUUGUGGCUAUUUAGGUGGUCAUUGGGAUAUUAAUUCACACAAUCUAUCUAUAACAACUGCCUUUCCAUGCCGAUAUUCUGGCAAAGAUAAAUCAGCUGCAGCUGCAGUUGAAGCUGAAAUUGCAAGAGCAAUGGAAUGGAAACGUGUGACUUUAGUUGGCUGGUAUCAUUCUCAUCCUAGAUCUCAUGCUUCUCCUUCCCUUAGAGAUGUUGAUUCUCAAUUAGAUUAUCAAAUCAAAAUGAAGGGACCUAGCGAUAAUGGUUAUACACCAUGUGUGGGUUUAAUAUGUUCUCCAUAUAAUACAGAUGGCAGUUGUUAUGAAUCAAAUUUUAAUGUUUUUUGGUCUUUACCACCUCCAGAAAAUCGGCCUCAUGAGUAUCCGAGACCAAUGCUUUUGAGUUAUACAUUAUCUCAAGAGCAUUUUCUUUCUCAAGAUACAUUAGAAGAAAUUAGAAGAUGCAUAGAAUAUUAUAGAAGUGAAGGAGGUAUUGAUUUUACUGCCAAUUUUAACAAUAAUACAACUUAUCUUGAACGUUUAAGAUGCUCUUUAGCGUCCAAGUUACCUGGUCGUAAUAGGUCGAAUGGUUCAUAUUGGGAUGUAAUUAGAGAAAUGAUUUGUCCUGGUUCUGAAGAUGGAGCAUCACCGGAAUUUCUAGCAAUGAAAUUCCCUCUAGUACCAGUCUCAGAAUCACUUGUACCCUCGGUUCCACCAGGAGUUGGUCUUGCACCUAAUAAUGCAGCUGUCUUCCUUACACCUGUGAAUUUCAAGCCUGAUGGUGCCAUAAUUACUCCAACAUCAAAACCUUUCGUGAUGCAGCCAUCUACGUCCAGAGAUAAUAUUAAAAAGGAUAUUAUAACGACAGACACUGCAUCAAUCACACAAUUAAAAGAUGGAAACUCUACAUCUAAGCAGCACAUAUCACCAUCAGAAGUGAUGCCCAGUUUUCAGUCUGGAGAACUCACAGUUUCUGUAAAAAAUGCUAAAUGCGACUAUGAUUUUGCACCAACUGAUUUUUCAAAAGUAUCUAAUUCUCUCGGAACGGAUAUAAGUAUCAAUAAAACGCGAUCAUCUACAACACCUGAUUUUCCUCUAGCUGAUAUAACACAACAAAUUUCUAAAUUUUCGGACUUAUCAAAAUUAGCUAAUUUUUCUACAGCGGAUUUGGCGAAACUCUCUGGAUUUCCUAUUCCAGAUUUUGCAAGAACAUCGCCAUCACCAUCUGCAUAUAUGCGUAAUAUUGCAAAUUUGUUUGGACCAAUUGGUAAAAUUUCUCCUGCCAGAGAUAUUGACUCGAACGAACGUAAAUCAAACGAUUUCGCUAUGGUUGAUCCUAUUCAAUCGCCAUUCAAAACAACUAUUGGGUCUUCAGAAUCUUGUAGAAAUUUUUCUGCAACUCCAGAAGAUUACUCAAGUGAUCGAAAAAAACUGGAAGUACAAAACGAUAAUGCAAAACUUAAUCGAUCAAAUGAGUAUCAAGGAACUGAGGAACUAUCAAUUUCUAAAUCUGAAUUUGGUGGUAUGUUAGAUAUGACCACAAUACAUAAGAAACAACAAUCACAAAGUAGUGAUAUUGGCGAUUCGUUAAAUUUAUCAAAAGAUCGUCAAUAAUUUUUUUAUGUUAAUCAGUAUUUUACGAUUAUGAUAAUUUCUAUACAUUUAUAUUACAUUGCUGCCUGCAGAAGUG